AUGCUGAAGAUUAGGUUGAUCGUUGGUAUCAACAUUAUGCUUUUGGUUAUUGCCUGUGACCGAGGGCCAAACCACAAAACUACCGGCUUCGAAUAUUGGAAGGCGCCCUACGGCCCCUUCGUCCAAUAUCUCAACAUCCACGGGUCAUUAGGUCGAUUCCUAGGUUUUUGGGCCACAUUCAGCAACGCCUUUUAUGCGUAUUCAGGCAUAGAGAAUAUCACCGUCGCUGCUGCGGGGACUAGAUGCUCCCGACAAGCUAUUCCAAUGGCCGCACGACGUAUCUUCGUCCGUAUCUUGCUAUUCUAUGUUAUUACCAUUUUCAUGGUUGGACUUGUUGUGUGUUCUGCCAACCCUAACCUACUCCGUGACUCUGGCACAGCGGCUCAAUCUCCUUUCGUCAUUGCCGCACGAGAUGCUAGUAUUAAGGUGGUACCAUUAAUCAUCAAUGCCGUCGUCCUUAGCUCUGCUUGGUAA